UAGAGUCAUUUUAUACCCGUCGAGAAUUCUCAGGUUUAUCAAGGGGAAUCUCUCUCUCUCUCUCUCUCUCUCUCUCUCAUGGAGGACACCAUCAUACUAUACCCAUCUCCAGGAAUGGGCCACCUAGUUCCAAUGGUGGAGCUAGGAAAGCUCAUACUAACUCACAACCCUUCAUUCACCAUCACAAUCCUCGUCACCACCGCACCAUUCGACACAGGCUCCACCUCCUCUUACAUCAGCGGCGUCUCCACCGCCACUCCUUCCAUCCUCUUCCACCACCUCCCCACCAUCUCUCCCCCCUCUUCCCUCACCCCCUUCGAACUCACCUUCGCACUUCCCCGGCUUUACAACUCAAACCUCCGCCACGCCCUUCAAACACUCAUCUCCCAAGAUUCAAGACCCAAAGCUUCUGUGAUUGACUUCUUUUGCAAUCCCAGUUUUGAAGUCUUCACUAGCCUUGGCAUACCCACUUACUACUUCUUCACCUCCGGCGCUGGUGGCCUCUCUGCACUCCUAGCAAUUCCAACAACUCAUCAAACCGUUGUUGACAAAAUCAAAGAUCCAAACACGUCCAUAGAUUUCCCAGGAGUUCCACCAAUCCCCACUCCUGAUCUGCCUGAGCCUUACUCUGAUCUUGAGGGAAUCCCAUAUAAGAGCCUCUUUAGCGCCGCAAUCAGCAUGCCCAAAUCAUCGGGAGUCUUGACAAACACCUUCAUUGAAUUCGAACCGAGAGCUGUCAAAGCGAUAUCUGACGGUCUAUGCAAUCCGAGUUUGCCAACUCCACCGAUUUAUUGUAUCGGACCGAUAGUUGCGAACAGCGGCGAGGAUCAGGAUAACGAGUGUUUGAGAUGGCUGGACUCGCAACCGAGCCGAAGUGUCGUGUUUCUCUGUUUUGGAAGUACGGGGUUGUUCAAAGCAGAGCAGUUGAUGGAAAUGGCAAUUGGGUUGGAAAAAAGCGGCCACAGGUUUUUGUGGGUAGUGCGGAGUCCACCCACAGAUGGCGGAACCAAGAGCAGUUUAGCGAAACCAGAGCCAGAUUUGGAUGUGUUGUUGCCUAAUGGGUUCUUGGACAGAACUAGAGGCAGGGGAUUGGUGGUUAAGAAAUGGGCGCCACAAGUGGCCGUGCUGAGUCACGGCUCAGUGGGCGGGUUUGUGACUCACUGUGGGUGGAACUCGAUACUAGAAGCGGUUGGAGCUGGCGUGCCUAUGGUGGCGUGGCCGCUGUACGCGGAGCAGAGAUUUAACAAGGUUUGUUCGGUAGAGGAAAUGAAGGUGGCCCUGGCGUUGGAAGAGUCAGAAGGUGGGUUUGUGAGCGCGGACGAGUUGGAGAAGCGAGUGAGAGAGUUGAUGGACUCGGAGAGAGGGAAACGGGUUAGAGAACGGGUCAUGGAAAUGAGAGAUGGCGCCAAGGCUGCAUUGGGUGAGGGAGGGACGUCCCGGGUUGCAUUGGCCGAGUUGGUCGAGUCAUGGAAAAAGGGUUGAUUUUAAAGAGUCAACUCGGGGCUUGGUCUCGGUCAAGGUGCAUGACAUCUCGUGCAACUCAAAAUUCGAAAUUCGAGGAAUAAAAUGGCAUCAAAUUCGGAUCGUAGUCAUAAACUCACCAUGUUAUCGGUUGUUACUUUAGGGAAAGGGACAGAAGAUUUUGAGUAGUUCUCUUCUUUUCGGAUUAAAGAAAAGGUAGAUUCUCCGGCAUCCAAUGGCUCAGAUUAGGGGUAGAGAUUUAUUUAGGAAAUUGAUAUUCACUUUUUCUUUUGUUAUCUGUAACUUUUUUUUUUUUGUUUUCUAGUGUUUAAGUGUUUGUAUAUUAUUUUUUGUUAAAAGAUGAAAAAAAGGAUAUGGAGAGCAAAAAAAUGAGUGUGAAUAUCAAUUCCUUGCGGAUAAAAAAAAAUAUCAAUUUCCUUAAUUUGAUAUUGUCCGAGGUAUGUUGUCCCAAAUGAGAAAGAAACAUAUGAGAAAUGUUCCAAAUUCGUAACUC